AUGAAAAAUAAUAAUGAUCACGUUCCAUCCCGACCCUCAGCACAAACACCGUUUGGAAAUUUAUUUAAUACCACUUCUAUGAGCAGCAGCACUUCAUCAAAUGGCAACAACAAUCAAGGAGUUAUAUCAAAUCAUAGCAAUAAUAAUUCAAAUCAUCAACAAAGAAAUUCAUUUUCAACAACUCAACAUAUUCAUCAGACGCAUACUGCAACACCUGCAAAUUUAUUUUCCACGGUUUUUUCCCAAACUGCUCUCAAUAACGUAAAUUCUUUUGUAGAGGAUGAGAAUCAACUCAACCGACAGUUUGUGCAAUCUGCCAAUUCCAUCGCUCAACUUUACACCAUGUCCUUGCAAUCAUACAGAAAGUCAUAUCAGCAGGGAGUUAGGAAGGCCAUUCGUAGAAUUUCAACAAUGCUUCUUCAACAUUGCAAUUUACAUCAUCAACACACCCCUCUCAACACUCCGACUUCCAAUAUUCAAAUUCCAGUUGAAACUAUUCUUGGCUUUCUAAAUCAAGUUUUGCAAGAGGAACUCACAUCGGCUAACCAACACAAUAGUAGCAGUCACAAUUCUUCCAAUUCGGGAUCAAAUACUACGCCUUCAACAUCUGCAUCACAGCACCACCAUGGAUCUUAUUCGAAUAAUUUGGCUAACAAUUCGAAUUCCAUGAGUUCCAUGCAGCAGCACCACCAACAGAAUAUAUCUCUCAAUGUAAAUUCAACAGAAACACCCUUGAAUGAUGUCUCUACAAUAGCUGAAACAGAUUCCAUGAUAAUUACCACCAAUUCUGAUCACACUCACGUUGGUGACACUCCGUCAGUUUCAGCAUUGGAUGGUAUCAAUUCUGGUAGUAGUAGUGGUAAUAAUCCUGAUAUUGGUUCUACUCACAAGUUAUCCCCUCUCUCCAAUGACGCUAAUUCUCCAACGAAAAUGCGUCAAAAUACUUGUGAUGGAGUUAGCAUGUCAGCUGCUACGUCCUCAUUUGUUACGACAAGCAUGCACAUCAAUUCCAGUACCAAUACUCAAGGAAACGAUAGCAACAGUCACAACACCAAUAUUCCUUCGCAUCCUUUUUCCUUUCCUUUCCAAUUCUCGAGCGCCUCUUCUCAACCCAUGAUAACAAACCCGUCAACAUCCUCUUCGUUCAACCUUAAUUUUCCUUCUGACUUUUCAUUUGCAAGUGCCUUAAUGUCGGGAAGCGUAUCAACAACAAUGCAACAGAACCGACAUCAUCGCUCGAAUGGAAACCUACAUCAUCAUCAUCACAACUCAAGGUAUCAUUAUACCCUCCCAACUACACACAACACUUCCCUUAAGAGAAGUGUGGAUGAGUUUUUAGGUCUCAUUAGUAAUGUCUGUCAAGAUGAUGACGAAGAGGAUGAUAUUCCAACAUUUCUCUUUAGAACCGUAAAUACUACUUCUAAUGAUCAAAUCACAACCACUACUGACCCUAUGAAUCGAUCGGAAAAUUCUAACUUGAGAAAUCUUAGCAACCUCGAGCAUUGUAAUCAUAUAUCCACUUCCGCCAAUCAUUCAUUUGAUCUAUCAACAGCAGCUGACAUUUCUCAAGAGCUCAGUCCUCUCACCCAAAUUUUCAAAAAGAACAGAAUUUAA